AUGUCACCAGCGCGCCCGAGUAUUGUGCUGUCACCAGCGCGUCCAAGUAUUGUGCUGUCACCAGCGCGUCCAAGUAUCGUGCUGUCACCAGCGCCUCCCUGUAUCGUGCUGUCGUCACCAGCGCGUCCAAGUAUUAUGCUGUCACCAGCGCGUCCAAGUAUUGUGCUGUCACCAGCGCGUCCAAGUAUCAUGCUGUCACCAGCGCGCCCGAGUAUUGUGCUGUCACCAGCGCCUCCAAGUAUUAUGCUGUCACCAGCGCGUCCAAGUAUUAUGCUGUCACCAGCGCGUCCAAGUAUCAUGCUGUCACCAGCGCGUCCAAGUAUCAUGCUGUCACCAGCGCGCCCGAGUAUUGUGCUGUCACCAGCGCCUCCAAAUGCUGUCACCAGCGCGUCCAAGUAUCAUGCUGUCACCAGCGCGUCCAAGUAUUAUGCUGUCACCAGCGCGUCAUGCUACGGACAAACCACAAGUGCCUUCGUCUCUCAGCAUCAUCAGUUCCUGCAAUGCGCUGCUUACCUGCGUUACAGGAGCGGAGGGUAA